UGAAAGAAAAAGAGAGGCGAGAAGGAAAUAGAGAAGGAAAGAAGAAUCUGGACGUGAAACAGGGAGAGUGGAGUGCCGACUUCUUUGAUCCCUUCAAGGUGUUGAAGGUUGGUUUGUUCUGGGAGGAUUUGUGAGUUGGUGAUUACAAGGUGAAGGUUCAUUACAUGAUACAAAGUCUGGUUUGGAGUUAGGAAGAGAUGGUCUGUACUGUUCUUAUACAUGAUACAUGGAAGCUUUGAUGGGCAAAGCUGAAAAAUACUCGUAUCCGUCCUCGACUAGUUAACUAACGGGGUGUAUCCAUCUGAUUUGAGGCAGGUCAUGCGGGUAUUCGCAUGGUACAGGUACUGCCCACAAGGACACAACCUGCUGCAUUUCCUGGUUAACCGAAACAAGUAAAAAGUUGAUUCUUGUGCAUGCUUGUGGCCAAUGAUGCCUUUAUAAAUAUAUACUUAAACGGACACUUCAAUGCAAUAUGACACUUGCAACGGUAGUCAUGAUUUCUCUCUUUGUGAUUUUAUUCUCUUUUCCCUCCAUCGUUCUUUGCAAUGUUACUCCUUCAUUCGAUAGACUCCCAUUGUCCCCAAAUGCUCGGGGUCCUGAGGCCCUUGCCUUCAAAUCCUUGGGUAGAGGACCUAGAGGACCCUAUACAGGAGUUGAGGAUGGUCGAAUCCUCCAAUAUCUUGGACCUUCUGCUGGUUUUCGCGACUUUGCAUUCACUUCACCGAACAGGUCUAAUACCGCGUGUGACAGCAACACAAAUCAAAGUUUAGGGCCUGUAUGUGGAAGACCAUUAGGUUUAGGGUUCUACUUCCUGACAAGUGAUCUAUAUAUUGCUGAUGCUUAUCGCGGGCUCUUGGUUGUCGGUCAGAAUGGAGGGCUUGCAAACCAACUAGCUAUUAGCGCGGAUGGAGUUCCCUUUCGAUUCGCUAAUGCAUUGGAUGUUGAUCAACGAAACAAAAUCGUGUAUUUCACAGAUGCUAGCUCUGUGUAUCCCCAAAGUGCCAUUGAUGAAGCACUGGCAAGAGGCGAUGCGACUGGAAGACUACUGAAAUAUGACAUUAGAACCGGACAGGUUACUGUGUUACUGAGGGGGCUUCAAUUGGCAAAUGGUGCUGCAGUCAGCAGAGAUGGAUCAUUUGUACUGGUGAUAGAAUUGGGUGCUAGAAGAGUGCAAAAAUAUUGGCUGAGAGGUCGAAGAGCUAAUACAGCAGAAAUUCUGGUCACUCUCCCCGGAAGUCCUGAUAACAUCAAGAGGACUCUAGUGGGAGACUUUUGGGUGCCAGUAAACAUAAACACAACGACUAUCAGACCCACAGGAAUAAAAAUCAAUGGUCUUGGCAGGAUUUUGCAGACAGUUCCUCUUGAUGCAUUGUACAAUAAUAAACUGGUGUCUGAAGUGCAGGAGUACCGGGGAGAACUAUACAUUGGAUCGAAUACAGAAACUUUUGUCGGUGUCGUCAAUAUAUAAUAUGAUUAAGCUCCAGUAGUUAUCACAGAAUGAAUGUAUUAAAUAAGUGAUAUUGCUUUCUUCGUCUUGUUGAAUUCGCCUAUAAAUCUAUAAAAUAAGCUUUAUCGAACAUACGAUCAUGAAA